AUGCAGUCCGGAAUAUCAGCCUCGCAAGAACUGCACACCGCGUUCAACACCCUCGUGUCCUCCGAGAACCAGCGAGGCCUCCUUUGCACUAUAACAAAAGAAUCGCUCACUCCCCUUACAAUCCUCAGCCCGGCCACAUCCUCAUUCUCUGACGAUCUCUCGCUCCUGGCUCCCCACCUGCAACCAAAUGUAGCCCUCUACAUCAUCCUUCGACGAUACCCUAGCUCCGAAUCAGCCCCUUUCGUCGCCGUGACCUAUGUCCCUGACUCCGCUCCCGUCCGCCAAAAGAUGCUUUUCGCAUCCACGCGACUCACUCUCGUCCGCGAGCUAGGGAUCGAGAGGUUUCGUGAGACGAUAUUCGCAACGACCAAGGAGGAGCUGACCCCGCAGGGUUUCGAGAAGCAUGAUAAGCAUGUUACGUUAGAGGCGCCGUUAACGGAGGAGGAGCAGACUCUAGGGGAUGUCAAGAGGAAGGAGGCUGAGGAGGGUAGGGGGAUGAAUGAGAGGAGGGGUCAUGUCAGUUCUGGGGUGAGCAUGCCAAUUACUGACGAGGCACUACAAGCGUUGAAAAGCCUCGCUGGUGAAGGGGGAAGCGAUUUGGUCCAACUGAAAAUCAAUAUAGCGACAGAGACGAUGGAGUUGGCCUCAAGCACAUCCACACCUAUUUCAUCGCUCUCUUCCACUAUUUCAUCCACCGAACCACGGUAUUCGUUUUACCGCUACACACAUACCUAUAAUGGGACAUCGUCCUCCCCAAUACUGUUCAUCUAUACAUGUCCCUCUGGCUCCAAGAUCAAGGAGCGGAUGCUUUACGCAGCAUCGUCGCGGUCUGCUAUCCAGGUAGCUGAAGCGGAAGCUGGAUUAAAAGUUGAGAAGAAGAUUGAAGCCAGCUCGCCGGAUGAGAUCAGCGAAGAGAGUAUUGGUGGUGAUUUACAUCCCAAGGUCGAAGUAAAGAAGGCCUUUGAGAGGCCCAAGAGACCUGGCAGAAAGUAG